AUGGAUUCAUCAUCGACGAAAUCGAAGAUCUCGCAAUCCCGCAAGAGCAACAACAAGUCAACCAAGAAGCAAGACGCAAUUGUGAAACAAUCUUACAAGAAACAACAACAACAGGAGGACGAUGGUGGAUGCUUGAUGAAAUCAUGGAUCUGCAAAAACGCAUCGUGCAGAGCGAAUGUGCCUAGAGACGAUUCCUUCUGCAAGAGAUGUUCUUGCUGCGUCUGCCAUAAUUUCGACGAUAACAAAGACCCUAGCCUUUGGUUGGUUUGCGAGCCCGAGAAAUCGGAUGAUGUCGAGUUCUGUGGCUUAUCGUGUCACCUCGAGUGUGCUUUUCGAGAAAACAAGGUCGGAGUCACGAGUCUUGGGAAUCUGAUGAAGCUUGAUGGGUGUUUCUGUUGCUACUCUUGCGGCAAAGUCUCUGAGAUUCUUGGAUGCUGGAAGAAGCAGCUCAUGGUAGCUAAAGAAGCACGAAGGCGAGAUGUUCUGUGUUACAGGAUAGAAUUGAGUUACAGACUUCUCAAUGGGACUUGUCGUUUUUGUGAAUUACAUGAGAUUGUAAAAUCUGCCAAGUCUAUGCUUGAAGAUGAAGUUGGGCCUCUUGAUGGACCAUCUGCAAGAACCGAUCGAGGGAUUGUGAGUAGGCUUCCUGUUGCAAGCGAGGUGCAAGAACUCUGCACUUCUGCUAUAAAAAUGGCAGAGGACUUGUCAUCAGCCAAUGCAGCUAAAGAUUCGAUUCCUGCUGCGUGCAGGUUUCAUUUUGAAGAUGUUGCACCUAAGCAAGUGACUCUUCGUUUGAUUGAGCUACCUACUGCUGAAGAAUUAGAUAUCAAGGGUUAUAAGUUAUGGUGUUUCAAGAAAGGAGAGGCGCCUGAGGAUGAUCAGUGUGUUGAUUUAAGUAGAACACAGACGAGGAUGGUGAUAUCUGACCUUGAGCCUUGCACAGAGUAUACAUUCCGAGUUGUAUCUCUCACGGAAGCUGGUCUAUUAGGCCAUUCUAACGCUAGGUGCUUUACCAAAAGCGUCGAGAUACUGCAAAAGAGUAGUGAUCAUAGCUCAGUGGAUCGUAGGAAAAAGAGGAGAAUCGAUUUAGUAGGAAAUGAAGCGGAGGAGGAGAAAAGUAGCAUUUCCUCGAGAUUCCAAAUCGGGCAACUUGCUAAGUAUGUGCAGUUGGCUGAAGCUCAGGAGGAAGGCUUGCUUGACGCGUUUUAUAAUCUAGAUACUGAUAAAUGCAGUGAGCCAGAGGAAGAACAGCCACAACGAAGACGACCACGUGGGUUUGAUCUAAACGUAGUCUCAGUGCCUGACUUGAAUGUGGAAUUCACUCCACCUGAUUCCUCUGGAGGUGAAGACAAUGGAGUGCCAUUAGAAUCUCUUGACGAUGAUAACUCUGAUGAUGCUGUGUCGAACGGUACACAGAAGAAGAUGAACAGCAGCUGCUUGGCGAGAUCAGAUGGAAGCAACGAUGAUCCUGAGUCUGAUUUCCUCAUGACAAGGAAGAGGAAAGCGAAUUCGAACAGUCACGAGUCAGAGAACAACGAGUGUGACAGUUGGCCGAUCGAUGACACUGUUGAGAAAUGUGUGAAGGUGAUUAGGUUGCUAGAGUGUGAAGGCCACAUCGAUAAAACGUUCAGGGUCAAGUUCUUGACAUGGUUCAGCUUGAGCUCGACCGCUCAGGAGCAAUCUGUGGUGAGCACGUUUGUGCAGACUCUAGAGGAUGAUCCAAGCAGCCUUGCGGGACAGCUUCUUGAUGCAUUCUCUGAUGUUGUCUCCACCAAAAAGCCAAGCAAUGGAUUUUGCAGCAGCAAGCUCUUGGACUUGGAGUAA